AGUAUAAAAAGUAUAAAAAGCGCAUUGACGCACAAACUUUCAUCCAUAUAUAUAUAUCUGUUCUGCUUUUUGUCCCAACAACGAAAAUGUCGAUUAAAAUUUUUACAUUCAUUUUAUUAUUCUAUUUUAUUGAAGAAUUCAACUGUCAUGUGUCAGCCAAUGGAGAAGUAGACUUCAAGAAUUCUCAAUUCGCAAAAACAUUAUUAACAUUGGCAAAUAUCUUCGAAAACAAGACAGACGAAUCAUAUUUCGAAGCUGAAAAAUUAUUGAAUUCAGAAGUAAUUGACAUAAAAUCUCAAUGUCGAAUGAACAGAAAUUUAUAUUACGUGGAUUUGCAACAAAAAGAAUAUGAAAAUAUGUUGCAGAAAGUGUUAAAGACUAAUUACAAAUCACUUUCAUCCUUUAAUGCUAAAGAAUUAUGGAAUAGCAUAGAAAUUUUUUUUCAAGAAAUAUCAAAUUGCUAUCCAUUCAAUUUUCCAUUUGGAACAUUAUCAAUCCAUAAGAUUGCAUUUAAUAUGAUGUCAAUAAUUGCUAAUGCAAUAAUAGACAGAUUUAAUUUUUUUAUAACAAAUGGCAAACAACUUAAAAAUACAACUUCUCAUGAAUGUCAAUUGGGUCAAGAUAAAAGAAAACUUCUAUUUUUCCAAGAAUUGCUAAUGCAAAUGUCACCAAUUAUUGGUUCUUGCAAUGACAGUGUUUUACAAAGAAAAUGUAUGUUAAACAAGUUCCAAAAUGUAAGUCAAGAUUUACGGAAUCAGCUGAGAACGAUUAUGAGUCCAAUAGGACCAGAAAAUUUAUGUAAAGAUGUUUAGGAAUAAAAUUUUUAAAAAUA